AUGAUUGUUUUUAUUGCGGUUUUUGCAGUUUUUGGUAGGUUUUUCCGAAAAUGUCUCUUUUUUUCGCUUUGAACGCUCUAUAGUCACUACUCCGCGGUCCCUGCUCGGAUCACGGUGCCAAGUUGGGUCCAAAACGCUAUCCCACGUGAAAGCCCCGCCGCGACCGCCACCUUUUCCAAUUUAACACUGAAUUCACGUGGUGUGCGGUAGAGCGCGAUUGCAAAACACUUGCUAGACUGUGUUUCGAUUGCACAACCACCUAGCUAGAUGCAGAAAUCGGUACAGAGAUGGGCGCGGUGCGGGAACAAACAGAUUUGGGCUCAAAAGUUUCGAACACGUUCCGGUGUACUCGAAUUUGCGUCGUUCUCUGCGCCUCUCGCAUGACACACUAUUUCUGAUCGCUGACGCAAAAUUGUGUGCACCGGAACGUGUUCGAAAGUUGAUUAUUUAUUAGAAAUAUAACUGCUUAGGUUCGGUUAGAAACGUGAAUAAAGCACCCCGCAUUUCCAGGUCUAUCGUAUGGAAUUCCGACGCAGCUGAAGGAGACGAAUCCAGUGACGAUUCCGCCGUGUCCGUCCGGCUCCCGCCCACUUUUGCGGCCCGACGGACAGCCGAGAAAGUGUCUGCCGCACCAGAAUUCGCUUUGUAUCAAUGCUCUUCCGGAUAAGGUAUCGAUUCUUUUGAUUCUCAUGAAGCACAAAAAUCGAUAAUGUCAGCCGAACGCGGACACGGUGUGCUGCUUCCACAACCAGGUCGAUUACUACUGUUGCCUGGACACGACGGAGCAGCAGUGCCCGGAUUACCAUCAGGUUACUGUCGUCAUUCACAACAGUUUCCCGCAGAAUCCGUUCGCGCUCAAGAGCUUCUUUUUUAAGGACGGAAUCGAGGACGAUGUAAGUCUUUUCAAUUUUUCCUGUAAAAACGACAUUUCUUUCCUGAAAACCUGUAUGAACUUCGAUUAAAUCGUGAAUUAAACAUAAAAUCGUGAAUUUAAACAUAUUAAACAUGUAAACAAAUUGAAACUGUAAAAAUUUCAAUUUGAAUGCGCGGAAACAGGAAAACGACUAGAUUCAAGCGGCAUGAACAAAUGGAAGAGAAACUUUUUCGAUUUUCAGCGGUUUUUCGAAUCAUCAACAAAAUGUAAAGCUCUUCUUCACAAAGCACAUCGGAAAUCCAAAGAUUGUAAAGAAAAUUGCGAGAAAAGCUGACAGCGGCGUUGCCGUAAAUCGACACGGCCGGCGGCCGAGUUGGUGUUUCUCUUCCAUCUGCGCAUGACGUUUUCGUGUCCCCGACCCGUUUUCGCGCGCAUUCACAUUCAAAUGCCCCGUUAGUGAUAUGAGAUUUUCUAAAUUUCCAGAUAAUCGACGCCACAUUCGGGCGCGGAGACGAGGGACUUCAAAACGAGAACGGACUUCUCGUUCGUCACCAAACAAAUGAAAUUUUGAAACAAUAG